GGCGUGGCUGAACUUUACGAACAUUAGCCGCAAUAGCGAUGGGAUAAUCAUAUGUACUUUGGAAAAUGAAAUGAAAGCCUCAGACAACAACGAGCGAUAUGGGAGAAACGAAAGUUAUCUAAAUUUGGAAAUUCUCACACCACCAACGACACCUACCAUAAGUUACAUCGGUUAUGACAUUACAAAGAACUUCACCAUUAUUGAUCGAAAAGUCUACGACUUUUACUGUACUAGUUCAGGAAAACCAUCACCUCAGAUAGAUUGGAAACUGUUGAAUAGUACGACAGAACAUAACGUAUUGCAAAUCCGUAAUGUUGGCACGUUACACAACACGAUAAUCACCUGCUGCGCCAAGAACCUUAUUAUACCAGCAGUUGGUGUUUCGGAGCAUGGAUUGAAGUGCAAACAUCUAAAUCUGAUUGUUUUACAUAAGCCAACGUUUGCUUUCAAUGACAAGUAUGAUGUCAAGGAGAACGAUUCGUUCAACGUAACAUGUACACAGCAAAACAUAAACACGUUGGUAACGUGGAUGAGACAAGGAGACGACAAGUGGUCAGAGAGCCACAACACAAUAUAUUGGACAGAUGUCAGAAGGGAGAACGCUGGCAAUUAUACCUGCAAGUUACGAUAUUCGAUUACAGAUUCGUUUAAUCAUUUCAUCGACGGUUUCUCUGAACAUUCAUUCCAUUUAAAUGUUGAAUAUCCAGCGAGUUUAAUUACCUUUGGGGCUGUGGGAUACAGUGACUCGAUCGUUGUAAAUGAGAACAAAAGAGUGACAUUCAGAUGUAACGCCACAGGAAAACCUAUUCAAAACAUUCGAAUAAAGAACAACAAUAGUGUACAAAAGCAACGGAAUGGGGGUUUUCUUGAGUAUAUCGAAAAUAUGACAUGCGCUCACACAGGAAGAUACUCGUGCUAUGCCAAGAACAUCUUAAACGAAGGAGAGUCAAAAUCUAAUAACAUCGACGUUGUCGUUAAAUGUUCCCCACGACCUGCUUCAAACAUGUCUUUAGAGUUCAACACCACUACCAGCCUGCAUUCAACGGUCAUACUGAACUUCACAGUGAUGGCGUUUCCAGUACCACAGCCUUCAGGCUAUGUUUGGAAAAAAUGUGAUGUUGGAGAAUCGAAUGGAAUUUUGCAUUGCCGUCCUCUCACUGACGGAUGGCAAUAUAAAAUAUCCAAAUUUCAUUUAACGUCGCAUCUUACGAUUUCAGAUUUCACUCAGCAUGAUAUUGGUUGCUAUAUGUUGUCUGUUGAAAAUGGUGUUGGUGACACGUGGAAUCAGGCGUUUUUCGUCUGGAUCAAAGGUAAACAACUAGGUAGUUAAAUAUUCCCACAAAUUAAGCAAACGCAUAAACGAUCACCAUAAAAAAACAUUUUGCUUUAAUUUGUGUAUGAUAUGUACACCUUAAAUUUAGCUCGAGAUCACUUGUACGAGUUGAUGAGUUGGCUUAUUGUAUCUGAAAAUAACUUGUGUUUUCAUUAUAUGUACAUGUCAAAAGCAUAGGCUUUACAGAUGUCUGACAAUCAAUAUGUAUAUAUACAC